CUUUUAUUUAUUUAAUACUUUUAGGUUGCGUAAUAAUAAGAAGAUAGAAGAACAUUCUUAAUUCUCAGAUUACAUAGCUCUCUUCUGCGAAAUUGCUCCAUUGAAUCCUCUGUGCGAGAGAAGUAUUAUCUGCAACCAUGCCAAAGAACAAGGGAAAAGGAGGAAAGAAUAGGAAGAGAGGUAAGAACGAGGCAGAUGAUGAGAAGCGUGAGCUUGUGUUUAAGGAAGAUGGACAGGAAUAUGCUCAAGUGCUUCGAAUGCUAGGUAAUGGUCGGUGUGAAGCGAUGUGUAUUGAUGGAACUAAACGUCUUUGUCAUAUUCGAGGAAAAAUGCACAAGAAAGUUUGGAUCGCAGCUGGGGAUAUCAUACUAGUUGGUCUUCGUGACUAUCAAGAUGACAAAGCUGAUGUGAUUCUCAAAUACAUGCCUGAUGAAGCCAGGCUUUUGAAAGCUUACGGUGAGUUACCUGAGAAUACACGUCUUAAUGAAGGUAUUGUUGGGGGUAUGGAUGACGACGACGAAGGUGGUGGUGAUGCUUACAUUGAGUUUGAGGAUGAAGACAUUGAUAAGAUCUAGAUAUUAGUCCUUUAUUUUGAAUAAUCUCUUAGUAAAUGAUAACUACAUACUUAUGUGGGGUGAGGUUGUAUAACCGAAUUCCGUUUCAUAAUAGUCUGAAAAUGAUGGGAAUCGGUUUAAGUCCAUGUAACAUCUGUUCGUUUAUACAGAAUGAUUACAUAUGCCCCUUCUGGCCAAUAAUACUUCUAUUGGAAUACAACUUCACCCCGUUGUUGAGAUGGUUUUGUACCAUUCUUCUUUUUAAAUGCAAGAUGUGAUAUUUUCUCUUA